AGUCAAGUUGGCCCAAGUGAGAGAAUUUUGCCGUCUUGGAUUGGCGAUACUGGACUCAGCUGACUAACCGAAAAUUCAAAUUCCAUUUCCAAGUUUCACGGGAGGUAACCUGCUUGCGGAUUUCGUAGUUUUGUUUUCGUUUUCUCUCACGAAAAUAAUAAUCAUGCAACAGAAUUCAGUCAGACGUAGAUCGUCCAGUAAUCCCGUAAGGAUAUCCAUGAUCGAACGGGAAGAUAAGAGCUCGACAGGAGCUCGAACGGAUCAACGGAAGACACAGACAUUGAAACCGAAGGGAAUCUCGACUGGUGAGGUCUCUCAUAUUCCCAGGGCUCGUUUUCGGAGCUCUUCCAGCGACCGAGCGGGAUCGCUCGGCAGAAAAUCGUACUUGAAAGUAACAGGCAAAACUCCGCUACGGCAACCAACAACUCCAAUCACCCCGGUGAAAGUCGCCACUAAGCAUGCUAUCCCAGGUACAGUGCUUACAGCAAGUUCUAGUAAACUUCAUUCGUCGUUAUCAAUCGGUCGAUCACCGUCCGGCGACCGUGCUAGCACCAUAGGAGCUAAGGGCCCCAGAAAGGACACAAGACCCCUAGCGGAUAAGGUUUAUCAGAUGGACCUAUUAAAAGAGAUCGAUAAGUUCUUUGAGAUAAAUCAGUGCUCGACGAUGUUAAACAGCAACGGGAGUUUGAAACCAAUUACAUUGAAGAUGUUCGUGGAGGUCUCUAGCUUUCUAUUGAAGUACUUCGACGUCAAGCAUACUCUCACGAUGGCAAAUUACAUAGAUGAAUUACCAAAAUGCGCAAAGAAGUUACACUAUCCUGGCGUGAUGAACAAAUCAUGGCUUAAGACUGCCAACGCAAUGCAUUCGUGGCCCUAUGUUCUCGGUUGGAUCGGCUGGUUGGUGGAAGCAUACAAAGUGAGAGAGCUCGCAUUGAACAGAUACCAACUGGAAACUUUGCCGUUCAUAGGAACGGAGCAGCAGGCUCAGAGUUGUAGCAUGGAGUUUCAAACAUUGUUGGAAUGUUAUAGAGUUUGGAAUGACGAGGAAAAAGCCCACGAGGAGGUAGAACUAUUGAACCAAUAUCUGCAGAACGUUUUAGUUCAACAAGGCAUUACUGACUGCGAUCUAGCUCAGGCACAUAAAGAAUUGGAGGAAGAAGAAGUGAAGUUGCAGAUGCAUGAGGAAGAGUCACAAGAACUCGAUAAAAAAAUUGAAUAUUUACAACAGAAAUUAGCGUCUUCGCGCGCCAAGGAAUCUAAAAUAUUAAACGAUAUUAAAAGCAUGGAGGAUUGUAUAAGCAAGUUUUCCGCCGAGACAAAUCAGUUAAAUACAGAACGUGAAGUUUUAAAUGAGCAAAUUCAAAUAGGAAAUAAACAAUAUGAAGAAUUAUUCUCAAUCGUGAAGAAUCAACCCAUGUCUAAGAUUGAAAAGGAAAAUAUCAUUAAAAAAUGCACGGAGAUUCAAAACUACAUACACCAAUUUGACGAGCAUUUGAAAGAUUACCAAAAGGAAUCGUACAGUUUAGAUAUCAAAUUCGCGUCUUUCAAUAAUAAUCUCAAUAUGGCAAUAUUGGCGUAUAAUAAGGAGGUCUUUAUGCUUAUCGACAAUGAUGUUGGUCUGAAUUUCGAUGACGUAAAGCUCCCGGAAAAAGAAUUGUUGAAACCGGAGAUGAUGGAUAUAAUGGAAGAAAAGGCCUCUUUAAUAAGAACAUUCAAAGAGACAUUGAUGAAGCAAUGCAACGAGAUAGAGUCUCUUAUUCAAUUCGAAACCAUGAAAUUGGAGAAACUCCAAGAAGAAAUUAAAUCUUUGCCGGAUGAAAACAAAUUGAAAGAAGAUAUAUCUCACAUUAAUGAAAUGAAGGCAGGUGCGAAGAAGGAGAAAGCCAAACUUAUAAAACAGAUAGAAGACUUGAAAAACGAAAUUAAAGCAAUGGAAGAUAUGAUGCCAGAUUUACAAGCGGAAGACUUCGAAAUAGAAGAGGCACAAGACAAAUUAGAUGCAGUUAUAAGAAGAAAGAUGUUUCUAGAGCAAGCUGCCAAACGGUUUUUCGAAGAAUUUUAUAAAACUGUCGGCGAGCAUAGAAAAGAGCUUUAUAAUAUUGCAACAAAAGAUAGAACGCUAUAGAAUUACAUCUCUGCACAAAUAUUUUUAUCAUGAUAUAUGUCCAUCAUUCCUUCGCCACAUUACCCCAUAUUAUUUGUAUUGUAUAAUCUAUUACACACUAUAUUGUAUAUUAUACGGUUUCAGUAAAAUGUUGUCGCAUCUUAUUAAAAUAUAAUAUGU